UAAGUAGCAAGCAUUGAUGAUCUCUUUGAACCCUUUAAAUAUAUACCUAUUAUACCUACACAGUCCCACAGUGACUUUUUUCUUCUCUCUUAUCACAAUCUCCUUUCCUCUUCUUCUUCAUACACACAAAGGAUAAGGCUCAGUGUGGUAGUUAGUGAAUAUCUAUCUAUCACUUAUCACAUUCAAAGUUCCUCCGUUUCUUGUGAUGGAUGAAAAGAGAAAGUCAUCAUCAAAGAAGGACACGGGUUCCUCUUCCACAAGGUCAUUAUUCUCAAGGAGCACCUCUACUUCAAACUCUCCUCUCCUUAGAAGCCUGUCUCAAAAGAGUUCUUCAUCUUCCUCCAAAUGCAAUAACAAUAAUCUUCCUAGGAGCUUCUCACAGAAGAACCCUUCCAUUGGGCGCAAAUGCACCAAAUUAGCUAAGGAACAGAAAGCACGGUUUUACAUCAUGAGGAGGUGUGUUGCCAUGUUGGUUUGCUGGCACAAGCAUGGGGAUUCAUGAAAGAACCACACAGAUCUUGUGCUCAGUUUUUAUUGGUUUAGUUGCAACUUGCACAAAUUUUUUUGUUUAUGAUCCAUGAGGAUACUUUUUUGGCCCACAAUGAAUACUAUAGAUUCGAUUGUAAUUACGAGUUGACUAAGGAAAGUUAUAAGAUUUACACAUUGCUGGAAAUAUGUAUAUGAUCAAUUGGACUCCAGAUUAAUAUUGUUAGUUGACUAAGGUGAGUUUGAUUUUUUUUCUCUUACACCUAAUGUUUGGGAUGAUUUUUUAAAAUGAAUGGCUAAAUUAAAACUUU